UUUAUCCAUCCAAAAAACAAGGCCUUACUUGGAAAGAUGAAACUCCAUAUUUCACUUUUGGGUACAGAGACUAUCACUGUCAUCAUGGCAAAGAUACGAAUUUGUCUAGUAAAAAGGCAUAUUCUGAAAAAAGGGAUAAAGAGGCUUUAAUCGAUAGCUCUACAAAAAGAUACAAUACGACACAAAAAACAAAAAAGUUGGACUGCCCCGCACAUUUCACGGUCUAUAAAGUUAUUUGGAUGCCAGACUACAAACUUGCAGGUAUACUGUCUGAAAAGUAUGAGAAGAAAAAGGCAUCAGAAAUUAUAAAGAAGAAAGUGGAAAAUGGAGAGAGUGUUGGAGAGGAGGGUUUCCUCUACAAUCUACCGAAUAUUGAAGACACAUUCGAAUCAUGUAAUUAGUGGAUGCAACAGAACCAUAGACAGCCAAGUAAGGGAUUACAUAUGUCAUUUGGUUCACAGUGGGAGAGGACCGCUGUAGUAAUCAUGAAGCUGCUUGAAACAUUCGCGAGAGUCAACUUAAUGAAACUGAUAGAAAUCGAAGAAGAUUUUAUCCAACUUGAGAAAAGUCAGGAGAAUAAUUUCAAAUGAAAAAUUAAAGUUGAAAGGACCUUUGGACCUGGAAAAUGCAGAAAUUUUAAUUGACAGUUGGGAUGAGGAAAAUGAACCAUCAAAAAUUGUAGAGGUAACAAAAGAAGAUCAUCAACAACUUCCACUGCAUGGGAGCAAUAAUUGUAGAGGAUCAUCAGAACUAUCAGAAAAUGUAGAGGAAACAGAAACAACAGCAGAGAAUGAAGAACUUCCACUGAAGGGAAGCAACCGUCGACAUCUUCUGAAUGAAUUCAAUUCAGCUUUGAGGACCCUACAGUCUGUAGGGUCCAACUUGAGUGAUAGUGAGUUAAUUAAUUGUACUAAUUACUUGAAAACUGUUAUUGGAAGCACUUUGUGUAAAGUUUCUGUUGAUGAAAAUAUUGGUUUACAAGUUGAUCCAAAGACCGAAUCUAGCAUCGACAGCCAGAUAAAUUACGAGAAGCCGUCACUCAUACUUAAAAGAGGGUGUAAUGCAGACAUGAUGAAAGAAUCUUCUAAAUUGAAUAUCAAAGAUCAAUGUCCGGAUGCCGUGCUCGUGAAAAAACAAAGAUUGCAAUAAUCAAUUUUAACCCUGACACAGUAAGCUCAUUGUAAGGGACUUAGGGCCGGUUUCCGAGUGUUACCGCCGUUUUGUAUCAUUUUGUGAGCGCUCUGUUAAGAGCUUCCUGCGUAAACCCAUCUGGCCAUGUCAUCUGGCCAUACAG